AUGGUUCGCCUUGCCCGCUGCUUGUGGCUGUUCGCAGCGCUCGUAGCGGCAGCGCCUCCCAAUAUCCCUUGGAAAGAUGAUGCUUCACAGCAAGUGGUUGGCAGACCAUCGACGCCGAAAUCGCAGCCUGCACCCAGAAAGCUCCGGGGUAGAUUCCUACACAUCACAGAUAUCCAUCCCGACCCCUUCUACAAGCCUCAUUCCGAUCCAGAACAGAAUUGUCAUUCAGGCCAUGGCAGCGCCGGAUAUUAUGGAGCAGAAGUGACGGACUGCGAUACACCUAUAAGCUUGGUGAAUGCCACAUUUCGAUGGAUCGAGGCCAACCUGAAGGACGAAAUCGAUUUUGUCGUCUGGACCGGCGACUCCGCCCGUCACGACAACGACGAGCGCCAACCCCGGUCAGAUAAACAGGUGCUCAAGCUCAACCAAUUUAUUGUGGACAAGUUCGUGGAGGCGUUCGGCAAACCGGAUAACAAAGACGACCCGGACCCAACCAACGAUUUCGUCGUUCCCAUCGUUCCCACCUUUGGAAACAAUGACAUUCUCCCGCACAACAUCUUCACCUCUGGGCCCAACAAGUGGACACGGUCCUAUCUGGACGUCUGGGACCGGUUUAUCCCACAGGCACAACGUCAUUCAUUUGCAAGAGGUGGCUGGUUCUUCACCGAAGUUAUACCCAAUAGACUGGCGGUCUUUAGCCUCAACACACUAUACUUUUUCGAGUCAAACUCGGCGGUCGAUGGCUGCAACCCGAAGUCAGAGCCGGGGUACGAGCACAUGGAGUGGCUCCGGAUUCAACUACAGUUCCUCCGCGACCGGGGCAUGAAGGCCAUCCUGAUAGGCCAUGUGCCACCGGCCAGGACCGAGAGCAAACAGAAUUGGGACGAAAGCUGCUAUCACAAGUUCACUUUGUGGAUGAGACAGUAUCGAGAUGUGAUUGUCACAUCGAUAUUUGGACAUAUGAACAUCGACCAUUUUAUGUUCCAGGACGUGAAGGACUUGCCUUACAAGUUCAAUAUUAAGGGCGUCGAUGACGGGCCUAGCAAAAUCGAGCGCCUCGAGUCAUCACCCAAUGACACCUUCUCCAUCGCCGCUAAAGCUCAGUACUUGAAUGAAUUGAGAUCAGGCUGGUCCGCACUACCCAAACCGCCGGCGGGACAUUCAUACCUGUCUUUGGAUGAUGCGGACAUUCCAGGUGACACUGUCGAUGCUGGAAAGAAGAAUGAGCUUGCAAAGUUUCUUGAGGCCAUUGGUGGACCAUGGGCUGAGAGGUACAGUAUGUCUUUAGUGUCUCCAAGCGUCGUUCCCAACUUCUUUCCCACUCUUCGGGUUAUCGAGUACAACAUCACAGGGCUGGAGAAUGAACACCCAGCCGAGGGGGCGAUUGGUGAACCUGCGGCCGAGCACCACAUGAAUGGCUCGGCGGAUUUGGAAGUGAUCUCCGAAGAGGCAGGUGAAGAUGAGUCUGGCGCGGACGUUGAAUCGGAAGACGAUGUCCACGAUCUUAAGAAAAAGAAGAAAGGCAAAAAGAAGAAGAAGAAGAAGAAGAAGAAAGGGCCGCAGAAACCCAAAUUCCCAGUGCCGAAACCACCAUCCAAGUCGUCUCCUCCUGGUCCGGCUUACUCUCCGCAGUCACUGUCUCUCCUGUCGUUCACGCAAUAUUACGCCAAUCUAACCAGGGUUCACGAGCUGAUGCACGCCGACAAGUCGUCGAAAAAAGACCGUUACAAGCACUUCCAUUAUUCUCUGGAGUACACCACAAAUAACGACAGCGCAUAUCGGAUGGAAGAGUUGACAGUACGCUCGAUGCUGGAUCUGGCGGAGAAAAUGGGACGGGACAGCCUGAAUUUGAGCGAUACCGACACCGAGCAUGUCGAGAAAGACGCGGAUUCCUCCAAGAAAGGCGGCGACAACAAAACAAAGCGUCGUAAGAAUCAUUUGUGGAAGGUGUUCAUCAAGCGGGCUUUUGUGCAUACGAAACCGGACGAUGAGAUUGAUCAGCAGUUUGGAUGA